AGAUAAUCAAAUAACAUUUUUUUUUUAUUGCAGUACCUUUUUGUUGUUUUUUAUAAAACCCAAAUUUCAGAAUGAGUAAGGAUAAAAUUUCAAAGAAGUCCUCUGGGAUAGCCGGCCUUAUCUACCCGAAGCGUUUGCCAAAAAUUAAGGUUGGUGCUAUUAAGGACGACUUGGGUUUCACGCUCAACGAAAGAUUGGCUCUUAGGCAGGUGUGGAAUUUAAUAAGACCCUAUGAGCGGCGCUACGGACAGGAUGUAUUCUACAGCUUCUUAAAUGAUGUGUAUUGGGGUAUCAAUAAGUUCAGGGACGAAGGUGAACUUAACCUAAAGGCCCUGCACUCGCAUGCGUUACACUUUGUCCACUUUUUUGGUCUUCUGAUCGAACAGGAGGACCCAGUGAUGUUCCAGCUGAUGAUAAAUGACAACAAUCUCACCCACAGCCGCUGCAACGUAGGGUCUGCUUAUAUCGGAAAUUUGGCCCAGGCCCUGGUGGACCAUGUGCUAAACGUGUUCCAAAAGGUCAGCUCCCCAUCUCUGGAACGCGGCUUCAUGAAAAUCGUGGAGAAGUUGAAGAGCUACCAGGAUAAUCAGCCAAUCAACACCGCCUAUAAUCGUCUGAGCAAAAUGGACCUUCCCUAGACGCGUAUCGGUCUUCCUGAUCCAUAGAUUCAUGAUGAGCUUCACCGAGCUCCCAGUGGAAUUUUAUCGGGCUGCUGCUGCCGACGGCGCUGCUGCUGUCGCUGCCUCUGUCAACGCGCUAUCAGGCCUUCAAUAUCAGCCUCUGUCGCAGUCGCCGUCGCAGUCGCCGCUUAUUUCGCUUAGCUGCUAAGCGAUUUCCUUGGAGAAAUUCAGUUCAGCUCGGACGCUCAUCGCGCCCAUCCACACGUUUCCAUAGUUAAAGCUUCCAGAUUAUAGUACUGAUCAGAAAAGUGUCACCCACGACAUAAAUACAACUGCACCGAACACAUAA